UGUCCCCACUGCUUUGUAUUCCCCAGGUCCUCAGCCAGCCCGCCGCCGAGCGUCGAUUGUCCAGCCAACCUCAACAAUGUCCGAACAGUCCGUCGCACGAUGGAAUGCGAUUUCGAUGACCAGGCCAGACACAGACCCGGAGUACCAUCCUAGUCUAAAGCGCCCGCACGAGGAUGACGACGACGCCCAAAUGGACGGAGAAGACAGCGACGACGAUAUCUCCCUCGUCUCUCGUUCUCCAUCUCCCCACCCUAAAGACGCUAUGGACGUGGACAAGUACGACGAAUAUGUCCCCGGUUCCAUGCGAGAAGUCAUCACCGUCGAGACCAAGAUCAAAGAUUCCAACAAAGGGUUUGCGAUGCUUGCAAAGCUCGGAUGGACCGAAGGCCAGCCCUUAGGGCUCUCUGGAGAUGGACGCGUUGAACCCGUUCCCUUCUACGUCAAGAGGGAUCUUACUGGCCUCGGAAAGACAAACCAGGAUGUGCGCAUGAUCGAAGAGACCGUUUCUCAACGCCGGGAACUCGACUCGGAGCGUCAGCAGAAAGAAACGGAAGAGCAGCGUCUAGCUCGCGAAAACUCCGUCGCCCGUCGUGUCGCAGUCCAGUCCGAGAUCAGCGAGACCCUCCGCCCUUUCUACUGCAACGUCUGCGACAAGCAGUUCCAAAAUGUCGCCCAGUACGACGAGCACACCAACUCCUAUGCCCACCACCAUAAAGUGCGCUUCCGUGACAUGCAGAUGGCUCAGCGGCAGAAGCAAAACACAGAGGAGGAGCUCAAUAGGAGAAAGGAGAAGGAACGGAAGCGCGAGGAGAAAGAGCUGCGCAAGAUAGCCGCCGCCGCCGGCAUAAAAAUAGCAAAACCCGCUGGGCCCACGUCGAGCAUGCCCGCUCUCGCCUCCACGUCGAACGCCAACGCCAACCCGGAAGACACAACCGCCCAGGUUCUUGGGCCGAAGAAGGGCUGGGCCUCUGUCUCUGCUGGCGCCUCCGCAGUCGCAGCCGCGCGGCCAGCCACGGGUCUCCGAACAGCUCAUGAUGCCAAUUGGGCAGAAUCCAGUGCAAGGCCCCCAGCCCCGUCGUCAUCAACAAGUGGAUGGGCGGCUACAGCCACGUAUGCACCUUCACAGCCCUUGCCUUCCCCACCUUCGAUUCCGCCCCAAACAUCUGUUUCCGCACAACAGCCACACGGCCAUCACCCUGCACCGUCCUUCCGAGCAGGGGGUUGGUCGUCUCUUGAGACCACUACUUCCACCCCCCCUCCCCCUCCCUCUCCCCUCCCCCCUCAACCGCUAGCCGUUCCCUUACCAGCACCGUCUACUGGAGGAUGGGCGCCUACGAGCUCGCAGCCCCUCUUUACACCGUCCGAACUGAGUGUCCCCCCUCCUACCCAUCAGCAAGGCUGGGACGUUGGUCAACCUCCGCGCGCGAUAGCUGCGCCUUCGCCGCAAUCUACACCUCGGGAAGUGUCACCAUCUUCAAUCAUUGUACCUGCGCCCGCCCCCACACCUCAGGCCUCCGCAUCCAAGAAAGGCCGCAAAGACGCUGAGCGUGAGAAGGGCCGUUCCGGGUGGCAGGCGUUCCAGAAAGGAGGGCGACGCAAGUGAUGCCGCCAUGCACAUGUACCAAUGGAACGGAUACUGCUCGCUUUUGAAGUUGCUUUGCUCUGAUGGGGGGGUUCCCUACGUAAUUACUCUAUGUUUCACAAUGCGAGAGGACUCUCGUGUUCGAGUAAAAUACCAACUAGCUACAAUCCCGAUAUCUUUAUGUCUCGGUAUACGAUGAAUAGAAAAAGACGAUGCGGAGAGACAGAGAUGAGACAAUAAAAACACAAGAUGAGACAAUUGUCAAGGCAGAAAAUGCGAAACAAAGCCAUAAACAAAACAAAGCCACGAACCGAACGAUCACUCUGAAUCGCUCCCCGAACUGUCAUCCGAACUUGAGUCCGAAGAAUGCUCGCUAUCGUUCGCUACAGCUGCAGCGGGAGCAGACUGACCAUUCGCCUGCUGUUCGAAUAAUC